AUGAAAGAUUUGCUUUUUAUAAGUCAACAAUAAUAACAUUAAUUAAAAUGCGGGUAUCUUUAUUUAAAAUUCAAAAUAAAUUAUAAUCAUAAAUUUACAAAAUAUAAUUUAUUAAAAGAUUAUUAAAAAAAAUAAUUUGACUCUUAAAAAAAAAAAGAUCCUUCAAAAAAAAUGGAAUUAAGAACUAAGACAUUAAAUAUUUAACCUCCUAAGAAACCAUUUUCUAAUACCUAUUAAGCUUUCGUAUUAGAAAAGAAGAAUGCCUUAGGAAAGAAUUUUGAUAACAAGAAAGUUUAAGCUGACUACAACAAAUUAUCCAAUAAUGAGAAAGAAAGACUCCAAAAGUUGGUUGAUAAUGCUGAAGAGAAGUACAAAGAGGAACUAUUCCACUACAACAAUCACAUCUAGGGAAAAGGUAAACAAAAAUAUGUUCCUUAAGUUAAAGUCCCUGAAAAGCCUAAAAAGCCUAUUGGUAGCUUUUUCCGUUUCCUAGAGGAAAACAGACAAAAGUACGCUGCUAAGCACAAAGACUUAACUAACGCUAAAAUUUUGAAAAUAAUGUCAGAAGACUUUAACAAUUUACCUCAAAAAGAAGUCAAGGUAUAUGAAGAUGCUUAUUAGAAAGAAUACGCUUAAUACUUAGUUGAAUUCAAGAAGUGGAAUGAAAAGUAUGGUUAAGCUGCUCAAAAAAAACAAACUAAAAGAAAGAACUCUACUUCCAAAUCAAGAAGAAGCUCAAGUAAAGGAAAAUCUUCUGUUUCUAAAGGAAGAACAAAAUCCACUUCUUCAAAGAGAAGAGCUGAUUCCUCAGCUUCUCAAGGUAGAUCUCAAUCUUCCUCAUCAAACAGAAGAAAAGCUUCCAGCUCAAAGGACUAAAAAGGUACCCGCUCUUCAAGCAGAAAGGCCUCUAAUUCUAAAGGAAGAAAGAAUUCAACUUCAAAUAAAAGAAACUCCUCCUCAUCUAGCAAAAGAUCUUCUUCUUCUAAAAACAAAAAAUCAUCUUCUUCUAAGAACAAAAAAUCUUCUUCUUCUAAAGGUAGAAAGUCUUCUUCAUCUAGAGGUAGAAAAGCUUCAUCUUCUAAGAACAGAAAAUCAUCAAAAUCAAAAGAUAGAAAAUCAUCUUCCUCAAAAGGUAGAAAAUCAUCAUCAUCCUCAAAAAGCAAUAAGAGAAAGGCUUCCAGUUCUAGAGGUAGAAAAUCCUCAAGCUCAAAGGGAAGAAAAUCAUCUAAAUCAUAAGAAAGAAAAAAUUCUCAUGCUGAUACCAGUAAACAAAUGGAAGAUGAAGGUUAAAAAAGAAGAUAAUCUAGCAGUUCAGCUAAAAGAGAUGAAUCCUCAAAGAAAAGUAGAAGAAACUCUAUGAAAGAAGCUAGAACAAAGAAAGCCAACAAUAAAUCAGCUUCUAAAGCUUCAAAGAGUGGAUCAAAAUCCAAAGGUAAAAGUGCCUCUAAGAGCAAAGGAAAAUCAUCUUCUAAAGGCAAAAACUCAAAAUCUAGAAGUGCCUCUAAGCCAAAAUCAAAUGCCGCUUAAAAUUCCAACAAUACCCAUCAAACUGCUGAUUCUAGUGAAAAUGCUUCUUCUACUACUCAAACUAGAACUAGAGGAAGACAAAGAGAAUAAAAAGAUAUGGUUAAUGAAAAAUCAAAUAGCAAAUCAAGCUCCAAGGGAAAGAAGAAUUCAAAAUCAAAUACAAGAUCAAAGUCUAAAUCUAAAUCUGCUUCUAAAUCCAGAAAAAAUGCUUCUAAAUCUAAGAAGGAUACCACUAAUCAUGGAAGAUAAACUAGAUCUAAAUCAAGAUCUGAGUCUAAGAGUAAAUCUGAAGCUCCUAACAAGAAUAGCAAUAAGAUGGAAGUAAUUGAAUAACCUAAAGAAGAAUCCAGUGACAGAAAGAGAAGAGAAUCAAGAAGUCAAUCUGCUAAAAAAACCUCUGAUAAGAAAUCUAAAAAUAGAAGUGACUCUAAGAAGAUGACUGCCGAAGAUCCUAAGAAGAACAACGCAGAAGAUUCUAAGGGUAAGAAAAAAUCCAAAGAAGGAAAGACUGGAGCUUAUGGCAAGAAGGCAAAUAAAAAAUAAUGA